CCAGGCUCCGAACCAUUGAACACUACCAAGAACCGCCCUUCUUCCAUGACCUGACCCUUACCCCUCAAUGACGCUCUCGGUAGUCACACCAUGGACAUUGACGACAUCCUCGCCGAAGUCUCCUCCGCCGCCCUCAUCGCUCCAGGAACACGCGACCUGCACGCGCUGACACGCGCCUGGGUUGCCGAACGCGUCGCGCCCGAGCUCCUCCCGUAUCCCACCCCUUUGCUCGACCGCGUCCUGGCAAGAAUAUCGGAGCAGGUGCGGAGCGUGGAGGAUGGCAUGGCGGGCGGCGCGGACGGGCUGGGUGGCGCGGCGACGGGAGGGGCGGACAAGGAGAAGUUUCGUCUGAUUGUUGUGCAGACUGAGUUGGAGCGGUGGAAGUUUUUGGUCCGGGGCUUGUUGAGGGCGAGGUUGAAGAAGAUCGACGCGCAUCCGUAUCAUAUCCUCAAUACGCCAGACGUCCUGGCAAAGCUGUCGACGUCGGAAACACAGUACCUACGAGCCCAUCAGGCGCUACUGGCUGCACACUACAAGUCCUCGUUUCUGGGCCAGUUCCCGCCUGCGCUGCAGCGGCUUGAUGAUACGGCUGGUGGUGUUAGCAUGAUUGAUGCGCCGGAUGUUGACAGUGCGGUGUUUGUAAGAGCUGUGAGAGAUGUGGGCUUCAUCACGGUGGAGGGGACGGAUACGGAGUUUGAGAUGAAGAGGGGAGAUGUUUGGGUUGUACGGUGGAGGAGUGUGAGGCAGGCUGUGGAGAGUGGGGACGCGGAGUUGAUUUGAUAUGAAAUGGGCAUGAUUCGAGACGCAAGCAUUCAUUGGAGUAACAGAUGGGACGCAUAGCGAGUUGACGCAUUCCAAGAGCGUUUGAUAACGGAAGUAGGAUGGACACAUACGAUACCCAUCAUGGGUGCACAAAUGUCGGUUCUUCGUAUGACAGGGCGGAGAUGUCGAAAAGUGCAUAUUCGAUGACAGGAGCUACGAGCUGCUCAGAUUGGCUUCUAGCCACAUAACCUGCGUGGCCCAUGGGAGGUAGUCGGCCCGGCAGCAGAAUGCACAGAAAGAGGUAGACGAGCACUAGGCAUGAGACACAUGAUCUCUAUUCUUGAACCGGGAGGAAUGCAAGCAAUACAAACAUAUCAACAGCUGUUACCUGGACAAAUAGUGUUACCC